CGGCGAGGAUAAAGCAAGAUGGCGUCUGACGGUGAAGACGUUAUUGCAGUCGUCACAGUUCAGUGUUCUUAAUCUGUGCGUCCAUGUACACAUAUAUGUCCUUUAUUAGACUCUAUUAAAUAGAGUAAACAUCUUUAAUAACUGUUUGCAUCCGGUUAUAUUAGUCUGAGCGCACUUUGACGCUUCUCGUGCUAGCGUAGCUUAGCUAGUUAGCUUAGCGUGCUAGCUGCUAACAAAGAGAGGCGGAAGUGAUCAAAACACAUCGCUAAGCAGAGAUCAAGUGUGAGUGUAAAGUGUUGUGAUUGUGUGAAAAUGUGCGAAAGAACGAUAGCAGAGUACGAGGAGGAACUUUGUCCAACAAAAGAGGAGAAGGAGCGACAACAUCAAAAACAUCAAGUUGUGUUACACAGAACAGACAUCCAUCAGCUGAUUGAACACCAAGAAGAAUGUCUCCCUCAUCUGCAGGGGGACAGUUUCACUUUAGAGGAUCCACAGCCCUCGCAUUUUAAAGGGGACAAGGAGGAUACACAGCCCCCUCAUUUUAAAGAGGAAGAGGAGGGAGAGUGUCCUGUAGGGCAGGAGGAGGCUGAUCUCACCAAGUUUCCACUGACUGUUGUCUCUGUGAAGACUGAAGAGCAUGAAGACAAACCACCUGAGUCCUCACAGCUUCAUCACAGUCCAAACGUCUGGGAAGAAUAUCUUCACCCUGAGCAACAGAAGUGGAGCUUCAGGAUGCGGACAGAUGAGCCACAACCCUCCCACAUUAAGAAGGAAGAGGAAUACCCACUGAUCCCCCAUUUUAAAAAGGAAGUUGAGGACCCACUGACACCCCAUUUUAAAGAGGAAGAGGAGGACCCACUGACACCCCAUUUUAAAGAGGAAAGGGUGGAUCCACUGAGCCCUCACAUUAAGGACGAAGAGGAGUAUUUACUGACCCCUCACAUUAAAGAGGAAGAGGAGGAAAACAGCAUCAGUCAGCAGGGAGAGCAUCUUGAAGGACUGGAGGAGGUUGAUGUCACCAAGAUGCCAGUGACUGGUGUCCCUGUGAAGAGUGAAGGUGAUGAGGUCAAAGGUGAAAGUGAGGAGAAGAGAGAGGCGGAGCCUCCAAGCAGCAGCUCAACUCAACACAUGACAACAGAAGCUGAUGGAGACCACUGUGGAGGAUCACAAGCAGACAAGCUCUUAGCUCCACUAUCAGAUAGUGAGGACACAACGUCACACUCUCCUGACACUGAUGAUGAAGACUCUAAAGAUGAUAAGACAUGUCACACUGACAACACACACUUCACAUGUUCUCACUGUGACAAAACUUUUAAAUAUCCUAGUUAUUUGAAAAGACACAUGAGAACACACACUGGAGAAAAAACUUUUUCAUGUUCAAUCUGCGGUAAAGAUUUUACUCAUAGGCACGAUUUGAAAAUACACAUGAGAAUACACACUGGAGAAAAACCUUUUUCCUGCUCAGAAUGUGGUAAAAGUUUUGUAACAAAUCAAAGUUUAAAAGCACACAUGGGAACACACACUGGAGAAAAACCUUUUACAUGUUCAAUCUGCGGUAAAGGUUUAACUCAUAGGCAACAUUUGAAAGUUCACAUGAGAAUACACACUGGAGAAAAACCUUUUUCCUGCUCAGAAUGUGGCAAAAGUUUUAUAAUAAAUCAAAGUUUAAAAGUACACAUGAGAACACACACUGGAGAAAAACCUUUUUCAUGUUCAAUCUGCGGUAAAUAUUUUACACAUAGGCCACAUUUGAAAGUACACAUGAGAACACACAGUGGAGAAAAACCUUUUAUAUGUUCAAUCUGCGGUAAAGAUUUUACACGUAGGGAGCAUUUCAAAUCACACAUGAAAAUACACACUGGAGAAAAACCUUUUUUAUGUUCAAUCUGUGGUAAAGAUUUUACUCGCAGUGAGCAUUUCAAAACACACAUGAGAAUACACACUGGAGAAAAACCUUUUUCAUGUUCAAUCUGCGGUAAAGAUUUUACUCGAAGGGACUAUUUCAAAACACACAUGAGUACACACACUGGAGAAAAACCUUAUACAUGUUCAGUAUGUCAUAAAAGUUUUGUACAAAGUCCGCAUUUGAAAAGACACAUGAUAACACACACAGUGUUGAGUUGCAUUGUGUGUGGUGAAAGAUUAUCUUCUAAGUACCAGUGUAAGAAACACAAGUGUGCUGGUGAGAACAGCAGCAGCAAAUGAAGAUGCAGGAUUUGAAAUAAAUCGUCAAAACUUUAACUUUGACCUUCUAACAACAUUAGCACAUAGAUUCUAACAUUUAUAGAUUAGAUAUUUUCGAUUAUUGCUUUUUUCAGUCAAGUACAUGUUUUAAUAUACAUUGUGUACUUUUAUUUAAAAAUGAACACACCACUUUGACUGUAAAGGUGUGAAUAAACAGGACAAAACAUGUUAGAAAUACUUUCUAUGUGUAUAGAGAUAUUCAUAAAUCAUUUUUAAUUUUUAAUGAUGUUAAAAAUGAACUCCUUUAUAUGAUGUACAUAUUUGUUUUACAUGUGUUCUUACCUUUGCUUUUGAGUACACAUAAAUCCCUCUUAGUUCAUAUUUACUGGUUCACAUCUGAAAAAUCUUCUGGACCACUUCUGGAAGCAUAUUAUUAUUUACUUUAUACAUCAUUUGAGCAGUUGUGUUUUAUACGAGAUCAUUUACUUUUAAAAUGUGUGACUUUGUGAAUCAUUUGUUGGGUCUCAAUAAUCCAUUCUUUUAAUUAUCUUGAUUACUCUCUUUUGUAAUAUAAAUAUUGUUUUAUAAUGUAUGUCCCCUAGAACAUUAUAUGUGGAAGGUUAUGAAGGAUAGUUUUGUCUUUAAUAAUCUACAUU